AUGCGGGUGACCCUCAUCUUCCAUUUGGCUCUUGCCCUUGUCGUGGAGGCGGGCAGCAUUUCUUUGUUCGCGGAGAUUCGGUCUGCCUUCGGCGAGUAUUGUCGGUUGUCAUUGCUUUCUUUUGGGUUCGUGAGUGCUUUCGGAAGCUGUGGAGUCAGGACUUGGGAUUGGACUUGGGAGCUGCGAGUGGUUUCGGAAGUUUCUGACCCAGCAACACUGGAGAGCAAACAGCUUCGUUCGGUGCCAGUUUUUCGUUGGUUGCGCCGCAGUUUUGAGUCGUCGGAAGAUGCUGUGUGCCUCCGGUGCUGCCACGACUACUCCCCUGGAGCAGCAUGCGAGCUGGCUGUCAGGACGCGGGACCUUGGAGCUCUCGGAUCCAAGCACUUGAAACCUGAGGCAUCACAGAGUGAACGGCAUUUUGAAACACAAUCGUGUGUCAAGAGGCUUGGGGUCCAGUCCCAAGUCUCACGCCUGAUCGCAGCAGUGAAGCUUUCUAUCCGAAAAGCAGGACCAAAUGCCAAGAUCGAGAUCGCGGAUCAGGGCGUCGAGAUGCUUUUCCCGAUGUACACGGUGCUCUUCGACAUGGGUGAGAUCGUUCCGCACGAGGAGCUCAUGGAGCAAGGGGUCUUGGUGGAGUUCGAGGAAACAUUGGGACAAGCGGCCUUUGUGUCCCACCAGUGGGUUGGCCGCAAUCACCCGGACCCAGAGUUCAAGCAGAUGAGAGUGUUGCAAGAUGCCUUGCGGCAUGUGAUGUCGGACCUGAAGAACAUUCCUUUGGAUAUGAAUUCAGAAGCUUUGGUGCCUGGCUGCAAGUGCCUGGACACGGCGAAGCUGCGUUCGAAGCCGCUCUUCGUUUGGUACGACUACUUCUCCUGCCCACAGCUCGAUCUCCAAGCCACAGCCUCCUGGAGAACUGGCUCUGGGCGGCAUGUCAGCGACGGCAGUGGCCUUUCCAGAGCCAUCGAGAGCAUCCCGGCCUACAUCGCCAAAUCCAGCUUCUUCUUCGUCCUCUCUCCGGUCAUCCAGAGCAGCGGUGAUCAGGACAAACUAUUCGGGCCGGGCAGCUGGUCGGAACGGGGCUGGUGUCGUGUUGAGCGAGCCCUGCGCGAGCUCUCGCCUGAGAAUUCCUGGAUCAUGAUCAAGAGCCAAACGGAGCUCGAGCUGGUGGCGAGCCCAGUGGGAGCCGGAGGUGGUGGGGGAGCCCCUGGAGAAGGGGUUUUCACCAUGGCCAGAGACAAGCGCAAGCUGGCACCGAUCCUUCGGCAAACCUUGAGGCGCAAGCUGGUGCUCUCUCUCAAGAACAAGGACUUCGAGGGGUACCGGGUGCUUCUGAACCUGCAAUCUGUCACCUUCAGGGGCUUGGACCUGAAACCCACGAGUGAUCUGAUCCCCGGCGAUCCGGCAGAUGCCGCACCCGGCGGGUCGGAGUCCGGGUCUCUUGAGGUGGCGCACUUUCUACACCAGAAUGGCUUCAAUUCUGUCACGGAAACGGAUUCGCGUGGAUGGUCAACUUUGCACUAUGCUGCUCUGGGUGGAGAUCUCAGUUUGAUCCGGUCUUUGUUGGAGCAGCAGGCGGAUGUGAAUCUCCAAACGAAGAAGGAUCAGCCGCUCGUAGGCUUGGCAUCUUUCGUCUCGCCCCUGGCCGUUUCUGUCUUCUUCAGGCACAACGAGGCAGCGCGGCUGCUCCUCGCCGCCAAAGCCAAAUUUGAAGGUGGCCUGCAACCUGCCUUGAACUUGGCAGGCAUCUCGAACAACCCCGAAGGCAUUCGCAUUCUUUGUGACGCUGGCUGCAACCCCCACACGACCAAGGACAUCUUUGGUUUCAGCGCCAUGGAGGCGGCUGCGGGUCAAGGGCAGGUGGAGGCCGUGGAGGAAAUCCUCCGGCAAGCUGGGGGAAGGAUGAGCAGCUGGAUACUGAACCGGGCCCUCUUUCUUGCAUGUUGUUUCCGUGGCGGCAAGGCCGAAAUGAUCCAUCGGCUCAUCGAAAUGCGGGCAGACGCGAAUCGCCCUUAUCCAUUCAAAGGAUUCUCCUUCAAUGGGGUUUUCUUGGUCGCGAAGAGCCUGCAGCAUCGUUUUGGCAAGGUCACAAAUAUCAGCAAAAUGUCUUACCAUUCUUGGGGGGCGGUGCCUCUGAUAGCAGCGAUCCUGUCAGCGCAGUACGAGGGAGCUGCGGCGCUAAUCUCCGAAGGAGCCCGCUUGGACUUGCCAAACAAGCGUGGCUGCACCGCCAUUGAUUUGGCUCAAGGCCAAGAUUUGCCUUUUUUCAUGACAGAGGCGUUGGAGGGGCGUUUGGGAGAGUGCAAGCAGGUAGCAAAGGCAGCUCUCGAGCACAGCUACUUUGAAGUGUGA